CAGGAUGGAGAACAAGGCCAUGUACCUCCACACCUUCUCCGAGCGGGAGAACGGAUCCGUGCUGGAGGAGCCCUUCGAGGGACGGAGCCUUUCCAAGCUGAACCUCUGCGAGGACGAUCCCGGCCGGAGGAUGAAGCCCUCGGGGUGUUGUGGCCGGCUGGGCUCCGUGGCGGCGCUGAAAUAUUCCGUGGUGGGACUUUACCUCCUGGUCCUCCUCAUCCUGGUGGGAAUCUUCAUCCUGGCAGUGUCCCGGCCCCAGACGCCUCCCGAGGACCUGAAGGCGCUGCUGGGGAAGGUCCAGCGGCUCAACGAGACCUUCCGGGACCUGCAGCUGCAGCUGCUGCACCCGCUGCCCAAGGGCGACCUCCUGGAGCACAUCUGGCGGCUCCAGGACCUGCUGCAGAACCACUCGGACUCGCUGCUGCUGCUGGCGGGCUCGCUCCAGCGGCUCGAGGGGCUCCUGUGGAGCCUGCAGAGCCAGGCCGGCCAAACGGAGCGCUCGGUGGCCCGGCUGCGGGACUCGCUGGGCCAGCAGAGCGACGCCGCCCAGCUGGAGCUGUCCCGGCUCUCCGUGGACGCCAACAGCAGCCGGCUGCUCCUGGACCACCACCAGCACCUCCUGGGCCACCUGGGCGGGCGGCUGGAGGCCCUGGGCGAGCAGGUGGCGGCGCUGGGCGGGGCGGUGGAUUCCAUGAACCGCAGCUUCUCCUACGACGUCCGCCUGCAGCACUCGCGGCUGCGGGACCUGCAGGGGCUCCUGGGGAACGCCAGCGCGGACGCCAGGAGGAUGAGGACGGAGCAGGCGGCCAUGGAGCGGCAGCUGAGGCUGGAGCUGGCCGUGCUCAACAACGUCACCGAGGAGCUGCGCCUCAAGGACUGGGAGCAUUCCGCGGCGCUCCGGAACGUCUCCGUGAUCCGGGGGCCGCCGGGACCCAAAGGAGACCGAGGCACGGAAGGGAUGGAGGGAGAGCCCGGCCUCCCCGGCCUCCCCGGCCUCCGAGGGCUUCCUGGGGAGAGGGGCCCCCCCGGCCCGCGCGGAUUGAAGGGGGACCAGGGAGAGCUCGGCCCUCGCGGCGCCACGGGAAUGCGCGGAUUCAAAGGUGAGCGCGGCCCCAAGGGGGACAAGGGGGACAAGGGGGACCGAGGCGCUGCCGCUGGCGCAGCGACAGCUCCGUCCGAGGGCUCCGUGCGGCUGGUGAACGGCUCGGGAGCGCACGAGGGGCGCCUGGAGAUCUUCCACGAGCGCCGCUGGGGCUCCGUCUGCGACGACGGCUGGGACAGCAAGGACGGCGACGUGGCCUGCCGCAUGCUGGGCUACGCCGGCGCCGCCGACGUCUUCCGCAUGGCGCGCUUCGGGCAAGGCUCCGGGAGGAUCUGGAUGGACGAUGUUUCCUGCACGGGCUCCGAGGAUUCGCUGGAUCUCUGCAGCUUCUCGGGAUGGGGCCGAACCAACUGCGGCCACGCCGAGGACGCGGGCGUGCGCUGCCGGACGGGCUGACCCCGAACGGACCCCACAUCACUGACCCCGAACGGACCCCAAAUCACUGACCCCGAAUGGACCCCAAAUCACUGACCCCGAACGGACCCCACAUCACUGACCCCGACCACACCCCAAAUCACUGACCCCAAACGCACCCCAAACGGAAAAAACCCCAAAUCCUUCCCAAAUCACUGACCCCAAACACACCCCAAAGGGAAAAACCCCAAACACACCCCAAA